UAAUUAACUCGCCAGGAGGCCACAGUCAAUAAAAGCAAAGUUGCUAGUAAAGAACCCUCCUACGUUAAGUGCUAACCACCAACCUCUAACACUUUCCACCAGCCUAAUCUGUAACAAACCGGAGGAUUCUUCAUUAUUUAGUGCCGAAAAUAUUUAAUGUUUUUACACACAGGGAUGGACGGUUCGUCGAAUCCACCAAAAAAAAGUCGAAUAAAUAAAGUAGCAUUUAUUAACGUGGUUCAGCAUGUGGAGGUUCACAACAGGAUGCAGGAGGAGCAGGAGAUGUGGUUGAAGAGGAACAAGGAUCAACAUCCGAGGAAAAGAAGCAGAUCACCGGGGGAGCCAAAGAAGAAAAAAAGGAAGAAGUCAAAAGAAAGAAAAAGGUCGAAAAAAGAUGAAAGCAAAACGCCCCCCCAACCUACGGAGCGCUGGGGUCACUCAGGGUUCAACGAACUUUACCCCGAAGACUUAAUAUCGGGAAGAUUUAUCCGAUCGUCGGAUGAAAGUGAGGAGGAAGGGAAGAAGAAAAAGAAACGUUCGAAAAAAUCUAAAAAGAAAUCAAAAAGAUGACGAAUAAAAACCAAAAAGACUCCCAGUUAAUAAGAGUCAAUCCUGCGGUGGCAGGGGACCUUAGGCAACACAAUUUGUCCUGGGGUGACAUUGUUAAGACACGGUUACACAUAAUGUACUCACUGUAUGGAACAAAGAAAUAUGACCGUGUUUGUCGGACUCGAAUUGCAUUUUCAUUUUAUUGUUUUGUAACAAUGGAAUUUAUACUACGCUCGUCUUUUAAAUUGUUUUUAAUACAAUUAAUCUGCCAA